GUCAAGCCGGCAGGGGGCGCCAUCUCCAACUAUCGCUUCCUUGUGACAGGGAUCUGGGAGGCUGCUGGGAAAACAUGGCAGCUUCCUUUUGUUGGUGGGGAUUUACUGUACUCCGACGGGGGAUUUAAAGACAUUCUCCAGUAGAUACACGGAUCUCCGUCGCAUACUCGGGGCUCACACUGACAGUUCUCCAAACACUUGAAGCAGGAGAACAUGGAGAAGAGCGGGAGCAUCGACAGUUUGGGUUCGAAGCACUCCUCUUCUCGACAGCCAAGUGUUGAUUCAUUGUCCAGUACUUCCACCUCUCGCUCUGACCGGUCUGCCCAGCAGGCCAAGCCAACCUCUGCCAUGUCCUCUCACUCUGUGGCCGCUGCUGCAGAGCUCUCCCCAGAGCUCAGGGUUAAGCCCAAAAUUGUUGCCAAGCAGGUGCUUAGAGAUUCAGAAAAAGAAGAGCCACAGUUACUUCCAAAUGAAACUGUGCAAGACAUGGCCCAAGAUGUCACAUACUUCUGUCCUUUCAUUGGAGCACUGAGGGGAACAGUGACCGUUACCAACUACAGACUUUUCUUUAAAUGCAUGGACAGGGAGCCAGCAUUUGUGCUGGACCUGCCCCUUGGGGUGCUGAGUCGUGUGGAAAGGAUUGGAAGUGCAUCAAGCCGCGGUGAUGUGUCCUACGGGCUAGUUUGCAAAGAUAUGCGUAAUCUACGAUUUGCACACAAACAAAUGGAGGACACACUCAGAAAGUCCAUUUUCGAAGUGCUGGUGAAAUUUGCGUUUCCUGUUUCCAACGGGCUGCAAAUCUUUUCCUUUGAGUAUGGGCAAGUGUUUCCCGAAAAUGGAUGGAAGGUAUACGACGCUGUCUCGGAAUACAAAAGACAGGGUAUACCCAAUGAAAGCUGGAGGAUAACAAAAGUGAACGAUCACUAUGAGGUUUGUGACACCUACCCAUCAACUCUGGCCGCGCCUGUCAACAUACCAGACGAAGAGCUGAAGAGAGUCGCUGCCUUCCGAGCAAAAGGAAGGAUACCUGUGUUGUCAUGGAUCCAUCCAGAGAGCCAGGCAACAGUGACACGCUGCAGUCAGCCCAUGGUUGGGGUAAACGGGAAGCGCAGCAAAGAGGAUGAGAAAUACCUCCAGGCGAUCAUGGAUGCUAAUGCUCAGUCCCACAAACUCUUCAUCUUUGAUGCCAGGCCCAGUGUCAAUGCUGCUGCCAACAAGAUGAAAGGCGGUGGUUAUGAAAGUGAGGAUGCGUAUCAAAAUGCUGAGCUGGUGUUCCUGGAUAUUCACAAUAUCCAUGUGAUGAGAGAGUCACUCCGCAAGCUGAAGGACGUGAUCUACCCCAACAUCGCGGACUCCCACUGGCUUUCCAAUCUGGAGUCCACUCACUGGCUCGAGCACAUCAAGCUGAUCCUGGCAGGAGCACUGCGGAUUGCAGACAAGGUGGAGUCUGGGAAAACGUCAGUGGUGGUGCACUGUAGUGACGGCUGGGACCGCACAGCCCAGCUCACGUCCUUGGCCAUGCUCAUGCUGGACGGCUACUACCGCACCAUUCGCGGCUUUGAGGUGCUGCUUGAGAAAGAGUGGCUGAGCUUUGGUCACCGCUUCCAGUUGCGUAUCGGUCAUGGCGAUAAGAACCACACAGACGCAGACCGCUCACCUGUUUUUAUACAGUUCAUCGACUGUGUCUGGCAGUUGACUCGCCAGUUUCCUGCUGCCUUCGAGUUUAACGAAUACUUCCUGGUCACCAUCCUGGACCACCUGUACAGCUGCCUGUUUGGGACAUUCUUGUGCAACAGCGAACAGCAGAGGUUGAAGGAGGAGAUUCCCAAGAGGACAGUAUCUUUGUGGUCAUAUAUAAACAGCCAGCUGGAGGAGUUUACCAAUCCUUUAUAUGUGAACUACUCCAACCAUGUGCUGUUCCCUGUAGUCAGCUUACGCCACCUGGAGCUCUGGGUUGGCUACUACAUCCGCUGGAACCCUCGCAUGAGGCCUCAGGAACCUGUUCAUCAGCGCUACAAGGAGCUGCUGGCGAAACGCGCUGAGCUGCAGAAAAGAGUGGACGAAUUACAGCGAGAGGUGACCAAUCGAUCCGUCUCCUCUUCCUCUGAACGCGCAGGCUCCCCCACACGCUCCAUCACUCCAGUGCAGACCUUUGUUUGACACAACUCUGACCCUCAUGAUAACGGUCGCAGAAGCUGAAUCCUACCUGUGAGAAGGUGCCAUAGUAAUCAGUAGGCCACAUCCGGUGCCACGAAGGACCUGUGUGGCUCUCUGGGUGACACACUGCGUUAAUACACUACCACCAAAAGUCUGAUGUAUUAGCACCUCUCACAGGUCAUGUAGACUCUGCUGGCAACAGAAGAGUUUCUGUCUCAGACUGCUUUACUACAGCCAUACUGUACUUUCCCUGCAGGGUUGAGAGGACAUGUAACCAGAAUAGCGAGUACUGUUUAGCGUAUCGACCUACCUACAAUCAGUGUUGAUCUUUUUGGAAGUACACUAAAAUAUUACUCGGGUAAAAUAUGUAUGCCUUAUAAACUUCAUAGAAACACUCAUUUCAUUCCUCUAAACUGCAUAUGUUUAGAUAUUGCAAUACCGCUGAAGCAAUUGCUGCAAAACUUAUUUUGAGCUCUAGUAAAACCAACUAAAUGGUUCGGGAGUUGUUAAAUGUUUUUUUCUUUUUAAAUGUAGUUAAAGGGCUGUAAUGUUAGCUUCUUCUAAUGUAAACUAUAGAUAUAGAGUGCAUUAAAAACGUAGGCAGGUGGUCCUCACAAGUCAAUGCUUUUAGAUAGUUGUGGCCAAAUAUCCUUUUUUUUUUGUUAAGAAUACAUAAUGUGUCAUGUACGGCAUUCCUACCAUUGAGUGAUUUCAGUUUUGUAAGUUUCAUUUUUUCUAACUAUUUAUUAUCCUUUCAGUCCAGUCUUGUAUUUAUGGAUCACAAUACACACUAUGUCUCAUGUCAUAAACUGAUAAGAGAUGUUCCCAUGCAAUAUUAAUAAGCUACACAGAAUAUGCAACAGUUCAUUUUGUCCCAGUUAAUAGUCAACUACUUACUAAAAUGUUAAUGUGUGGACGUUUCUUACAGAUGCUUACUAAAGCUAGUGUCAGCCUCUAUUUUUUAAUAGGCAGCAGAAUGUGUAACGGCUAAUAAUUUGCUUUGGGUGUUUUUUUUAGUUUAAUGAAUAUCUGUGCCUUGCUCUGAAUGACUGAUUGGGAGAAUAACAAGAGGAAAGUGUGCACAGUUUUUGAAUUGCCAAGGUGAACUGGUAAAUACAGUGUUAGCUAGCCUUUCCACUGCGUAUGUGAAUACUUGCAAUAAAAAUAAAUUAAAAAUAAAUGCA